AUGCCAGAGAGGCUGUCAUAUUUCACAGAGUGGAUGAAUCUGUUUGACUGGUUUGGCCUGGUGUUGAUCUUGUGCAUAAUACCUUUACGGUACACUGAUAACAAAGUGCAGUGGUUGGUGGCAUCCUUAUCUUUCUUAUUCAACUUUUUGAGGAUUUUUAAGUUUUCCUGUAUUACAAGGACCACAGGAUUGUACACGCAAACGUUGGCUAAGAUCAUUUUGCACGAUGUGACAAGAUCAAUGGCAGUUUUCACUGUACUAGUCUUCCUCUCCUUCUGUGGUGCCUUGUCGCUGUCAUUUUGUUACUCUGAUCAAGACCAACAGUCUAGAGACUUUGGAGAUGUCAUGCUGAGCGGUUUUCGUGCACUCUCUGAGCAGCUACCAAUUGAAGGAGAUUACACAAAUCUCAACUGGCUGUCGAUUCUGUUGAUGAUGUCUUACAUGGGAACAGUGACUGUGAUUCUCCUCAACAUUCUCAUUGCACAAAUGAGUACAACCUACACACAGGCUAAGAAAGUCGCUCGUCUGGAAUAUGAUGUGGAUCGUAUUUUACAGCUCACUCGCAUGGAGAGAUUUCCUUUGUUGAAUUUGCGCGUGAGGUAUUACAAAGAUGGAGACUGGAUUAGUGAGAUGAAACUCGCACAAGAGCUUCUUGAAUUUAGUGAAGAUCGCAGUCCCUGGGACUCUGUUGAAGAGAAACUCAAUGCGAUCAGGGAUAUGAUGAGGAAGAUGGUGAAACAGAUGAGGCCUAGAAGCGGAUGA